GUCGAAAACCAGGCUGAGGCGAACAAAGGUUUGGCUAUCAUUAAAAAGAUGUUCCGUCGCAUGGUAUAUCAGUGUGAGAAAGAAGCUAGACCUGAAUCUCGAUAGCCACAUCUAUAUACACAGCGCGUCAAUUUCGUGUUGAGAAGCAAACGAGAUACUUGUCAGGAUGUCCUCAGAAGACGGAUACAGCCAUAUUGAGGUGCCAAAGCCUUACAAGGAGCAAAAGUCUCCGUACAAAGAUGAGAAUGCCGAAGAACCUGAGGUCAAGAAGGGAAUCCUCCACCACGCUGCUGAUCCCUUGGGGCAAGGUCUGAACACCGUUCUAAAGCCCGUUGGGGCUCCGCUUGGAAUAGUCACAGGCACUCUGGGUGAAGCCUUGGGGGGCGUGACAAAACCUGCCUUGGGUCCGGUUCUGGGCAGCAAAGACGAAAAGAUGGAGGCACUCGGGGGGGACAACAAGGAUAGCUACAUCCACGGGAAGGACACUAUUGGAGGACACCUGCAAACUGGAGAUAACCCGCUGGGACUGAAUCAGACUGGAAGUGACAAAUUCAGGGACUAGGCGUGAGUUGGGGCUGUCACUUCAGGCAUAUAUUUUGGUAGGGGCUGAAUUAUCCGUUACUUAAACAAAAUUGUAUAAAUGGAAUGGGUUUUGUUUUUGCCUUUGCUAUGUGGCUGGGACCUUUAUUUACCAUAUCACGAGAAGCAUCACACAUGUAUGUCAUUCUAAC